UUAAGAAAUCUGCUAAUGGUACUCUUUUUUUUUUUUUUUGCAUACCAAAGUACUUUCUAUGCCAUUCCACUUCGUACCCAGACAGCUCUGCAAGUCCUAACUAUCUCUCUGUCAUGGUCAGACUGGUUUUUCUUUCUUGUAAUUUAUCCCUUUUUUUCCCCCAGUGGGCUAUUCAUUACCAUUCACGACAAGGGACAUAUUGCCACAAUGCUGAACUCAUGGCCUGAAGAAAACAUAAAGGCUAUUGUGGUGACCGAUGGAGAAAGAAUUUUAGGCUUGGGUGAUCUAGGAAGCUACGGGAUGGGCAUCCCAGUAGGAAAGCUUGCGCUCUACACCGCUUGUGGUGGCGUUCACCCCCAGCAGUGCCUCCCUGUUCUUCUAGAUGUUGGCACAGACAAUGAGGCGCUCCUGAAUGACCCACUCUACAUUGGCCUAAAGCAUAAGAGGGUUCGUGGGAAACAGUAUGAUGACUUGGUGGAUGAGUUCAUGCAAGCAGUUGCUAACAAGUAUGGAAUGAAUUGCCUUAUUCAGUUUGAAGACUUUGCAAAUGCCAACGCAUUCCGGCUUCUCAACAAAUACCGCAACCGCUAUUGCACUUUCAAUGAUGACAUUCAGGGUAAGAGUUCCAAGUAUUCAUUUAUGAGAUUGCAUGGAGUUUUCUGUAAAGCUCCUUUGCAGCUGAUUCUUUGUCAACAUGUUCUACUUACCUCUGAAGUUCUUCUGGACCUCCCCUGGAGGAAAUUUGCAAGGGAUAAGCAGAGGUGUUACUUUGUUUUUGUUGAGUGACAUAUUCUGGCAAUUCAUCCCAGCCUUGAGUAAAGUUCCAUAGAGAUAUUUGGAGAUGUUCUUUACAACAGGAGGCAGCAAGUUAUAAAAACC